AAAAAAUUAGUAAUGCAAAAGACAAUGUAAAUUUUAUUCUCGAAAUUUCUCUAGCGCCCCCAUAGUUAAAUGGUCUUAAAGAAAAGACAAUGUGUUUUUAACAGUUGAAGUGAGAGAUUUGAAAGAUGAAAAGGUUGACUUGACUUCAAACUCACUUAAAUUUUCAGCUACUGCAGAAGGUGUUAAUUAUACUUUUGAAAUUAAUUUCUUUGCUGAAGUUGUUGUCGAAGUACUUUCAUCAAUUAUAUCAUUUAGGAAAGUAAAUGGACCAAUUAUGGGUUAAAUGUCAGAUUUAUUUUAUCAAAGAAAGAUAAAACUGCUUCUUAUUGGACUAGAUUAAUCAAAGAGACACACAAAUUACAAUACUUAUAGGUUUGAUAUAUUUUCUAAUAAAAGGUGGAUUGGACAAAGUAUAUCGAUGAAGAUGAUGAGGCUGAAGAGGGAGGCAAAGGUUUGGACGAUUGGGAUUAGAACAAAUUCUAAAAUUUCGAUUAAGGUGGUGCAGAUGAGGAUGACGAAGAGGGUGAAGAGGAAUAGCCAAAGGAGGGUAUGAAUUGAUGCAAUAAUUUUAGGAAAUGUUGAUGAUUUAGAGAAGGAAGAAGAAGUCUAAAAAAAUGAUCAAGCACCAAAGGAAGGUGAAUAAGAGAAAUAAGCAGAGAGUAAUUGAUAAUGAUAUUAUAUCUAUGUUUAAAUAAGAAGAUGU